AGAAAAAUUCACUUAAGAUUAUCGGAGAAAACAAUCUCUGGGAAGGUUUCUGUUGUGUUUCGUUCCACCACCUCCACCUCCUUCAAUUGCCCACGAUCCUAAAGGCCUCAGCUUCUCCUAUAUACGACACCACUACAAAAAGAAGAAACCCAUCUCACAAGGAAGGAAGCAAUAACAUAAAAGGACCAAAGCCCCUUUCUUUACUGCCACCGCAGGCCAUAACAGGUGAUUUGUUCUUAGUGAGUAAACCAAUUACUGUUGGAUUCUGACUGCAAUGAUCUUAUUCUGUCAGGAUGCUCCUUUCCAUUUCGCUGCUUGUUAAUUGAACCUGUACCAAUAUCUGACUGGACUUUGCAGUAGCUGUGUCUGGAAAAAUAUCAUUUUAGAACUGGGUCCAUUCUGUAUGCAGCAGAAGGGGAGGAGGGGAAAUCACAUAAGGCUGGUGCUCCUCUUUUUGGUGGAUUCAUGGCUGAACAUGCUUUAAUUGUGCCUGAUGUUUCUCUGCCUUUGAUAGAACAUAGUUUAGUUAUUGGACAAGAAUUUCCUGAUGUUGAAACUUGCAGAAGAACAUUAAAAGAUAUUGCUAUAGCCCUGCAUUUUGAUCUUCGGAUAGUGAAAUCAGAUCGAAGCCGGUUUAUAGCCAAGUGCUCCAAAGAAGGUUGUCCAUGGCGUGUCCAUGUUGCAAAAUGCCCUGGAGUUCCAACCUUUACGAUUAGAACAUUACAUGGGGAGCAUACUUGUGAAGGAGUUCGCAACCUGCACCAUCAGCAAGCAUCAGUAGGCUGGGUAGCCAGAUCUGUUGAAGCCCGUAUUCGGGAUAAUCCACAAUACAAACCAAAGGAAAUCUUGCAAGAUAUCCGUGACCAACAUGGGGUUGCUGUGUCUUAUAUGCAGGCUUGGCGAGGAAAGGAACGUAGCAUGGCUGCACUUCAUGGGACUUUUGAAGAAGGGUACCGCCUCCUCCCUGCAUAUUGCGAGCAGAUAAGGAAGACAAACCCAGGGAGCAUUGCUUCAGUUUUUGCUACUGGACAGGAAAAUUGUUUCCAGCGCCUAUUUAUUUCUUAUCGUGCAUGCAUUUAUGGGUUUAUAAAUGCUUGUAGGCCACUUUUAGAACUUGACAGAGCACAUCUUAAAGGAAAGUAUUUGGGUACAGUACUUUGUGCAGCAGCAGUUGAUGCUGAUGAUGCAUUAUUUCCUCUUGCCAUUGCUAUUGUUGAUACAGAAAGUGAUGAAAAUUGGAUGUGGUUCAUGUCAGAAUUACGAAAGCUCCUUGGGGUAAAUACCGAUAACAUGCCUAGACUUACAGUACUUUCUGAAAGGCAAAGAGGCAUUGUAGAGGCAGUUGAAACACACUUUCCUAGUGCUUUUCAUGGAUUUUGUUUGCGUCAUGUUAGUGAAAACUUCCGUGAUACAUUUAAGAACACCAAGUUGGUGAAUAUCUUUUGGAAUGCUGUUUAUGCCCUUACAACAGCUGAAUUUGAAAGCAAAAUAUCUGAGAUGGUAGAGAUUUCACAGGACACUAUAACAUGGUUUCAACGAUUUCCUCCUCAACUGUGGGCAGUAGCAUAUUUUGAGGGUAUGCGGUAUGGCCAUUUUACAUUGGGGAUUACAGAGUUGUUGUAUAAUUGGGCUCUUGAGUGUCAUGAGCUCCCAAUUGUGCAAAUGAUGGAGCAUAUACGCAAUCAAUUGGCAUGUUGGUUUACUGAUCGCCGUGAUACUGGUUUGAGGUGGACUUCAAUUCUUGUUCCAUCUGCUGAGAAGCGGAUUCUGGAGGCAAUUGCAGAUGCUCGCUGCUAUCAAGUCCUACGUGCAAAUGAAAUUGAGUUUGAGAUUGUGUCAACUGAGCGGACAAAUAUUGUAGAUAUAAGAAGUCGCGUGUGCUCAUGUCGCCGUUGGCAGCUCUAUGGUUUACCUUGUGCACAUGCUGCUGCUGCACUUAUUUCUUGUGGGCAAAAUGCCCAACUAUUUGCAGAACCUUGUUUCACAGUUGCUAGUUAUCGGGAGGCUUACUCACAGAUGAUAAAUCCUAUUCCAGAUAAAAGCUUAUGGAGGGAACCCGGUGAGGGAACUGAAGGUGGAGGUGCCAAGGUUGACAUUACAAUACGCCCACCCAAAACUCGCCGGCCUCCUGGAAGACCGAAAAAGAAGGUUCUUCGUGUAGAAAACUUUAAGCGCCCAAAGAGAGUUGUUCAAUGCGGACGCUGUCAUUUAUUAGGACAUUCUCAAAAGAAAUGCACAAUGCCAAUAUGAAAUAGGAGUUAGCUUCUUCAUAUUUCUUUCAUUUCUUAUUCUGAAAUCGCAAUAGAAUCCCUGUUGUGUUUGUAAUCUGGUGUAUGUUUUAACUACUACCUAGAAUAACAAGGAUAUAAUCCUUUCGGUAUAGUCCUCCAUUUGCAUAUAGUAGCAGUAUGUUAUUGUGUUUUUCACAUUUAGUUUGAUAGGAACAGUUCAAUCAUUAAAAACUAGCACUUGAUAGAAAUACUUCCAAUGCAUAUUUUUCUACAUUACGGCGCAGUUGUUAUGCAGGAAAAAUAUGCAGAACUAGCUGUGCUGACUUUUCUGGUUGUCAAUUACACUAGUGAUCUUGUAAAGCAAUAUCUCCUCUCUCCAGUAGCUUCUGAAUUCAUAGUUCUUGUUUGGUUUGUGAGAUAAUAUGGAAAUGGGAUGUUGGAAGACAACUAAGAGUGGUUUGUAGGGUUGAAAGAGCAAAUGCAAGUUCAAUGACCAAUGUCUUGGAAGGUGGAGAAUUGAAUAUGGCUGAUGGUGCGUAAUUCAAAUUCUCAUUCUAGAUUUUAUAAUGCUAGUCUGCAUGGUACAAUCUCUGACAGGUUCAUUGGUUACAUGUGUAGAAGGAGAAUCACAGGUUGGCCAACUGAUUAAGAAGCAGUAGCUUAACGUUGCAACAACCCAACAAAGGUACUUGGAGAUUGGAUAAUAAACUUAUCAGACUUGUAAUAUUUGCCUUACUGUUGAUUUGUCAACUUUUCUGGCCCCAAUGAGAACCGAAAUUGUACUCCUCCUAGUUCUA